AUGGGAAAGUUCUUCACGUCUGUGGAGACAUUUGACUACAGAUCUAAGCUUUCAGCUAAAAGGGUUGAUUUAACAUCAAUUAAUCAGCUGAUUCACCUGAGGAGACUGACUCUACGACAGGUGGAUCUUUUAACACAGCGUUCUGCCGACAUCAUUUUUCACAACUUGACCAAACUGGAGGUUCUGGAAAUGUACCACUGCAGGAUUUAUUCUUUGGAGGGGAGUUUAACUAAAGACUUUAAAUCUUUGAAAAGAUUGUAUUUGCAUAUAGAGAACAUUUAUAAUGUAUUCUAUAGCUUUACUGAACCUCUCUCUAGUCUUAAGUAUUUGACAUUUAAUAAUUUACAGAUGUUUUGCAGUUGUGACAAUGCUUGGCUCAUUACAUGGGCAAAGGGGUGCAGGCAGGUUGAAGUGAUCAUGCUUAGUCCGUAUGCUAAAACCGGUAUGUAUGCUUUGGAGGACUUGAUAUGCUUGUCGGACAAUGGACUAGACACACCUAAUUUUGUCAAGUACACAGAAGCCAACUGCACAACAGAGGUUAGCUUUGUGCUCUUUGCUGCGACUUGCCUGGGAGUCCUGUUCUUCAUGCUGGUGGUGUUGGUCCAUAACCUGGCCGGUCCCUACCUCCUCCCCCUCUACCACAUCACCCUUGGCUGGCUGUCGGAGGCCAUGCGAUCCAACACCACGGGGCGCUACCACUACGAUGCGUUUGUCUCCUAUAGCGGGAAGGACGAGCGCUGGCUGGGGAAGGACAUUGUGGAGAACAUCACAGACAGCCUCUACCGGAGCCGACACACCGUCUGCCUAGUCAGCCGCCACUACCUGCACAGUAACUGGUGCUCCCUGGAGAUGAAGCUGGCCACCUCCAGGCUGCAGGUGGAGCAAAGGGACAUCCUCCUCCUAGUCUUCCUGGAGAAGAUCCCCCCUCGCCGGCUGUCUGCCCACCACAGGCUGGCUCGCCUGGUGAAGACCAGGACCUAUCUGGACUGGCCCCAAGACCCCAAUCAGCACCAGGCUUUCUGGGACAGACUGUGGGCUAAACUGAAACCUCCAAAUGAAGCAUGA